ACAGAGAAAUUACAUGCGAUGACUACUCAUUACUCUCCAAUUAUUAUAACUGUUUUUAUAUGCCUUACUCUCUUGCUACGUAACUAUGUGGCCCGCCAUUAUUUACGUACGUUUCAUUAUUUUACAUCUAUUAAUAUAUCGAGAUGAGUCGACAUAUUUGUUGGCUCCUUCCUGUUCACAUUCGUUUACUCAGUUUGGUUCAGUUAGCUUUUUCUUUGAUGUCCAUCAAAUAUCUCGACCAAUAUGUAAAUACUGAACCAGAUUUAAGCACAAAAAUUUAGAUAUAGAAUAGUGGACUCUCGUUUUGAAAACAAUGAAGUGCAUUUCUUCAGUGAUCAUUAACGUUUUUACUAAAACAUAUAUAUGCUUAGUUGAUGAUGUGAGAUAACGUAAUUCACCAUUCAUAAUUUCUUGUGCACUGCUUUAUUUUCUAAUUAAUUAUUACACCAAAUUAAACUUAAAAUUACCAAAUACGAUGGGAACAAUAAAAAAAGAAAAAAGGAAAAAAAAAUCGACCGUUUAUCUAUAAGAAGGAUAAGCCAUACGAGGCAGAGACAACGGUUUUUGUCUCAUCUCAAUCUUUUCUUCACUCAACCAUCAUAUUUCAUAUCUCCUAUCCACUCAUUUUCUUAUAAUUAACACUUAAAAGACUUUGUAACUUCGAUCUCCGAACCGACUAAACAUUCGUGGGUUCUUCUUUCUUGUGAAGAUUCAUCCUCAGUCCAAACAAAACCGUGAUCAGUCGUCUUUUGUACACACAAAUGGUGUGUGUGGUCUCUCGUACGGGUCGUCAGUUCCAAAGAUACAAUAAGGGACGCCGUCAGGUCGUAGGGUGUAUUCCGUAUAGACUCAAAACUUCAAGCGAUGGCAUAGUUAGCGAUGAAUUUGAAGUGUUGGUUAUCUCAUCACAAAAAGGUCAUGCUCUAAUGUUCCCAAAGGGUGGUUGGGAGCUUGAUGAGUCUAUAGAAGAAGCUGCUUCAAGAGAGUCUCUGGAAGAAGCUGGAGUUAUUGGAGACGUUGAGAGACAACUUGGAAAAUGGGAUUUCUUAAGCAAAAGCAGAGGAACAUUCUAUGAAGGACUAAUGUUCCCAAUGCUUGUGAAAGAAGAACUUGAACUUUGGCCUGAACAACAUCUUCGUCAAAGAAUGUGGAUGAAAGUAGAUGAAGCAAGAGAAGCUUGUAGAGACUGGUGGAUGAAAGAAGCUUUAGAUGUUUUGGUUCACAGGCUUUCUUCACCACCACCAUCAGUUAUGAAGCCUAUGGAAGAAGACAAGACAGUUCCAUUGAUCUCUAUCUGCUGAAAAGAAAACUAAUUUGAUGUGCGCUUCAUCACUUUUAGGUUAAUCUCUGUAGAAAAACAUCUUACGCCAGAGCAACGAAAAGCUUGUAGAUUUUAGGUGUGUGGAGCUAGACUAGAUAAUGUGAUCUCGUGGGGAUUACUCUGGUUCGUUGCCAAAGAACAAUGUUUUGUGAUUGUUGUUAUAAUGCUUGUGUGUUAAUAUUCAGAAAAUCACUAAUCACAAAUAAAACUAUCUGAAAUAAAUUGCAAUAUAAUUAUGUAGUUCAAAUUUUUAAAUAAAUACCAAUAAUAACUAUUUCCGUUUCA